UGGCAUCCAUCCUGCAAUUGAUCUGAAAUUGGCCACAAUAAUUGAAAACUUUGCUGAAGAGAGUGAGUUAUUUUCCAAAAUCAAGAUUUUUUUUAAUUUUGUGAAAGCAGUAAAACAAACAUCCCCAACAGAAGUGUUCAGCAGCUUUGCCCAGAACCUUCUACAGGUGAACCCCCAAACCCACCUUACUAUGGUUGACAUGUGCUUUAACAUUGAAGGUCCAUAUGCAGAAAAAUACCCCCAGACAGCCAUUACAUGGUUGAACGACUCCAAUAAACUAGAUUACUAUGUUAAAGAUGUAAGCAAACGUCUGUCUACAAUUCCUCAGCUUUUUAGGACAGUUGCAUUGAAAUCCUUAGAUAGAGUUGUUUGCUCCAUGAAGGAAAUACCUAAUGAGGUGUCACUUACCCUAAUUCCUGAGUUAGUGAAACUGCUUUCCUGUAAAACAGAAGAUUAUCUCGUGCCAUUGAUCAUUGUUACGCUCUAUGGCAUCACACAGAAGACAAAAGACAAGGAUCGUUGGAGCAACUCUGACCUUGAGAAAAUAUGCAAGCACAUUGUCCCAUGCACACAGAGGGAGGGUUAUCCCUCUGAAUUGAAGAUGUAUGCCUAUGCGUUGCUAGCAAAUCUUUACACAUUUAGUUGUGUUCCUGGUUACAUCAGCUUUCUGGGACUGACUCCGGUACCUGAAGAACUACUUAUCUGGGGACGGGAUGAAAACCUGAAAGUAAAGCUGAGAGAUUUAAACAAGUCCUUAAACGGACAACAUUCUGUCUCCAAGUCAGCAAGUGAAGAUUCAAAAGACAGUCAUUUGUCAGAAACCAAGAAGAAGAAGAGGAAGAAGAAGAAGAAGAAGAAGAAGAAGAGGGGAACGGCAGAAAAACAAGACAUACCAAAAGAAGAGACAGACACACAAGAAAAUAAAACCUGUUUAGCCUUCAAUACUUCAUCUACUCCUGUUGAGGAAUCUGGCCUUGAUGAGUGUUCUAGUGUCAAGCCGUUCCACCCCACCACUGACACGUCACCAUUACAGCGCAAAUGGCACAAAGUCAGCAAGCGGUGGGAGACACAGUUAGAGAAGCUUGCCAACAUGGAUGAAAGUAAAGUUUAUAAAGUAGGAAACCUCACUAUUGUAGAUGAUGCAGAAUUCUACAUAGCAAAGGGGAGUGAUGGAACUGAGGUCUUCUUGGGCCUCAGGGAUGAUGGCACUGAAGUAGCAGUUAAGAGAAUGACCAGAUUAAACUAUCAAGUUCUCAAGAAUGAGGAGGAAUUCCUACGUCUUCCUAAACUUGAUAAUCCCUACAUUGUAAGAUAUGUUGACUUUGCCGAGGAUACAAUCUUUGGCUACCUUGUUCUUCAGCUGUGCGAAUACACCUUGGAUGAAUACAUCAAAGACCACUUACCAAAGGACAACCCUCGUGUUCUGAAGGAAAUUGUACAUGAUGUUCUCUCUAGUCUGGGAGUGCUUCACAGUAAAGACACCAACAUACUCCACAGGGAUAUCAAACCCCAGAAUGUUUUGAUAGAUGUUACCGGCAGGGCAAGAUUAGCUGAUUUUGGUAUAAGUCGACAAUUGACCACGGGACAAACGACUGUAAAAACAAGAAGUGCUGGAACAAAAUGCUGGAUGGCCAGGGAAACGUUCGAUGAGGACGGCGAUAUCAGAUAUAAGCGGAGCACUGAUAUUCAGGUGGUUGGAAUGUUGAUAUAUUACAUCCUCUCUGGUGGACACCACCCCUUUGGCAGAGGUCCUCGAUGUGAGAGCAACAUUCUGGAUGGGAACUACAAUCUGGAUCACGUUGUAGAUGAGGUUACAAAUGACCUCAUUGAGUGGAUGAUCAACGAAGACCCAAAAAAGAGACCUACUGUGGAGGAGACCUUGGAUCACCCCUACUUCUGGGAUGAGAAGAGGAAAGUUGAGUACUUGAGAAGAAUUGGGAAUGAGAAGGAGGUCGGGAAGUAUAGUGAUGCUGACCCAGAACUUCUAGAAGCUCUGAAACAAAGUGCCAUGGAGAGAACCUUCUGCCAGUGGAAAUCCAAGCUGCCGCCUGAUUUGAUCGAGAAGAUGGAUGGCAGAAAGCCCUACCCUGAGAACAUGUUGGGGUUACUACGCUUCAUACGCAACCUCCAUGAGCACUAUGCUGAGGAUUUAGAAUCUGUUGACCUGAUGAAAAUGUUCCCUGAUCUCUUUGGAUGCGUCUACAUGUUGGCCAAGAAACAGGACUGGAAUUCAAGGCCUGGUCUGAAAAAAAUGUGUCCGAGAGAUUUAAGCUCAUGAUUCUGAAAUGUAAACUGUAUGUCAUUUUAAACUGAUGAAAUAUGAACUAAUGUCAUACUCAAGACUCUUUGUAAGUAGAGCCAGUGAUCUGUGUUAAGGACAUUUUGUAUUCUACAUUUUCACUGAUAGACCUAAUAUACAUAUGAUUUUUACAAACCAAGAUUACAUGGUUGUAGCAUAUCUAUCAUGGGGGAUUUGAAUGUAAAAUAUAACCUUGUGAAAUCUAAGGCUUUUUGUUUACUUGUUUCAGUUUACUUUUUACACAAAGCAUUGAUAUGAUAGCAAUGACUUGUCAAAUGUAUUGUUCAUGCAGUCAUUUUUUUUAAAGGAAUCUAGUAGGUUUU